UAUUGUUAUUAAAGCAGACACAGAGGAUGGCUGAAGGUGUGAGGCGAAGGAGAAAGCUGAAGCCCGUGGAGGAGGCCAUACAGUUUUCACUUGAACAGAAAGACAAGAAUGGACUCGAGGGCAGGUUCAUCAGUCAUCUUAAAGGGAGGGGUGUGUUCAGCUGUACUGACUUUGAGAAAGGAGAUUUCCUGCUGGAAUACAGAGGAGACCUCAUCAGCAAAGAAGAAUCCCGAGAUGACGGUUCUCUUGGGCGGCUUGUAAACGAUGACCAUAUUAACCCAAACAGCAGGAUGAAGACGAUUCGUGUGGAUGGAAAACCUCACUUAUGUUUAUUUGCCACAAGGAGCAUCUGUCCUGGUGAAGAGAUCACAUAUGAUUAUGGUGAUUCUGAGUGGCCAUGGAGAUGCACGGUACUGACACCUCUAUACUGUCCAUUCUGACUUAUUGGAUUAUAGUAAAGUAAAGGUAUUAAACAUCAGUUGU